AGCUCAACCACCUCUCCAUCCAUCUCUUUUUCCUCCGAUUCAUCCUCAGCUUGCAUUGUCAACGACCAAACACACACACAUCUCUCUCUAGCUCGUCGACUUAGUGAGCCUGUGCAGGCAGCAGCAUGAAUUUCUCGUCGUACUUCUUCUCCUCCUCGUCGUCGUCAUCCUCGGCGGACAAGAAGUCGUCGUCGUCGUCUUCCAGCAAGCGCCGGCAGCCGCAGGCGCCGCAGCCGGACGCCAACACGACGCGGUACCUGGGCGUGCGGCGGCGGCCGUGGGGCCGGUACGCGGCGGAGAUCCGCGACCCGGCCACCAAGGAGCGCCACUGGCUGGGCACCUUCGACACCGCCGAGGAGGCCGCCGUCGCCUACGACCGCGCCGCGCGCUCCCUCCGCGGCGCCCGCGCCCGCACCAACUUCGCCUACCCGGACCUCCCGCCGGGCUCCUCCAUCACCCCCUACCUCUCCCCGGACCUCACCUCCGGCGACAACGCCGCCCAGCUCCUCCAGCCCUUCUACGCCGACCCCGCCGCGUCCCUGCCGCCGGCCGCCCAGCCCGCGAACGGCGCCGGCGGCGACUACGCCUCCUACGGCGGCGGCUACAGCGCCGAGGACAUGUCCGCGCUGAUGGACGACCUCGCCAUACCCGACGACCUCCCCGCCGACGACUACGCCGUCGACGCCGCCGGGGGCGCCAUGGACCUGUCCUCCGUGUACGGCGGCAGCGGAGGAGCCUGUAAUGCCAGCGCCGGCGGCGGGUGGUGCGACGCGUCGGAGCUCAGCGCGUACGGCGCGUCGCCGGCCGCCGCCUCCUCGCACGGGGUCUACUUCGAGGAGGGGUACGUGCACAGCCCGCUCUUCUCGCCGAUGCCGGCCGCCGACGACGCCUGCGCCGACGGCUUCCAGCUCGGCGGCUCCUCGUCGUCCUACUACUACUGACCGCUCGCGCCGCCGCCGACCGCCUCUGCGCCCGCCGGUGGACCGUGGCGUGGUGAGUUGCUGGGUGCGCUUAGCAGUUUGGUUACUUGGUCGUCCUACGUGUCGUGGCGAUAAUAAUUAUAAUGGUAAUAAUAUUCCCUUCCUUCACUGUGCUUCGUGGCUCCUUGGGCCUCGAUCUCCCAGUGCUGGGUGAUCGAUGGGCCUUUUCACAUUG